AUCAAUGAAGCACAUGUAAACACUGUGAUUGAUAUCUCUACAAUGCUGUACAAGAACUUGAAUGCUGAAUAGCGCAUCUCGUGUACCAAGAUUGUUUCUUCGUUGUGUGUUACCUAUGCUCCUCAAUUUUGUUGUAUAUUGUGAGAAUUAUUUUCAGGAAUAUUUUCAGGGCAUGACUCAUUAAGCGUAUUGUUCUGUAUUUGGUACACUUCUUUGCAUUUAUUUUGGGAUUGUCACAAAGGUUGAUUUUAGCCACUCAUUUGGUAUCUUUCCUCUUUCAUAUAUUCAACUGAAGAGCUGCAGAAUUUGUCUUCUAAUUAUUUUCUGCAAUUCAUUGUAUUUUUCUUUGUUCUUAUUUUUAUAAGGUCUUCUUUCAUCCACGAGAUGAAGAAUUUCCUCCGUCAUCCACUGUUGUUCCUCGUGGUAUCCCUCUCUCUGUUUUGAAUUUGUUACCUCUACUAUUGCAUUUUAAAUUUAUUCCAGUUCACUUCUACAUCUUCAUCAUUCAGGUUGUUGGUUUCUCUUAAAUGAAUUUCUAGUUCUUUUAUCUUACCUCCAUGUUUAAUGAUGAAGUCUCUGUCAAUUCUUGAUUUAGCAAUAUUCGGGUUUUUCAUCCUUUUUAGUUUUAGGUGGAUUUUUAGAUUAUGAUUGGAUAGUACAUCUGCACCUGGGUAUGUUUUUACUGAUUUUUACUGAAUUUCUAAAUCUUUUGUUUAUUGUAAAACACUCUUGGGAAACCAGAAGGGGGAGUUACCUCAUCUUUGGGGAUAAGAUGUUCCAUAGAUUGGGGGUAGCAGCUGAGAAGGGCCUCCUAGAAUACACUAGUCAAAACUCUUUGACUGACAGGACAUGUAGCAUAUCCUCUCUGCUUGAUCAGGUGGAAUGGGUUGAUAUAAUUGGGACAAGAAGUAUCCUUAUAGCUCCCAAAUUAAACACCCUUCCUCCGAAAAAGAUGAUUUAGGAUAAAGCUACCAAGAAUUCAUUUGUUGCUGCUCUUCGGUAAUCAAGAAUCCUUGAUCAUCUUUUACUCAUCACAAUUAAAGAAAUAGGUGAAGUGUUUAAAAUAUGGACAAGAUGUGGCUUUCAAGUUUCAGCAAGAACAUUGAUUAAAUAUUUCUACAAAUCUCUUCAGAGGCUGGAAGCAAAAAAAAGAGAGGGGGGGGGAAGAGAGAAAUGGAUUAUUUUUUUAAGGGGAGAUUAUUUUUUGCUUUUCUCCAGAAAUCCGUAGAGCCAGUCUGUCAUAUUUUCCAUCCUGAGGGUUUGAGCUACUAACUGAUAAGGGCCACUUUACAGGUAAAUCCUGGUUUACAAGUUGGCAGUGAUUUCUCAGAACAAAAGUACUUGCUCAGCUUUUAGAAAAGGGAGAUAAAUUCACCAGGGAACCCUAGUGGGGCACAUAAAUAAGCAGGUAGCAUAAGUGGACACAUACUAUUCGUAUUAAAUUUUUUGAAUUUUUUGCUUUGUUUCUUUAAGUUACAACUUCUUGCUUUAAAGUAUAAUCUUUGCAAUUAUUUUUGUUUUUUGUCAGUAUUGGCAAUUUGGUUACCUACAAGAAACACUAUUUUUCAGCCUUUUUUUUUUUUCAAACUGUGGAACCCACUAAGUGCAUCCGUUCCCAAGAAAUUGGAAAAAAGAAUGAGGUGGUGGCACAGAAAUGGAGUGGGAGAAAUUAUUAAAAUUAUUGUACUGUACUCAGAUGCAAAAAAGUCCUAAUAAUGCCAGGGUGAAAAAACAAAUUUCCACAUGCAAUGCAGCUGUAAGAUAAUCAUGGCAGUUUCCUUGUCAAUUCCCAAUGUAUUCUGAAUGUUUUGAAAAAUACUAUUCUUCUUGCAUUAAAUAGUAAUGUAUUCCUAAUAGCUUAGCUGUGAGACCAUAGCUAGUUCAGCAUUGGGACCAUGCUAGGUAGAAAAUCUAGGUUUAUUCCCCACCACCUCCAGAUUACAUGUCUUAAAUUAAGGAGCCCUCCUGUGCUGCUGCGAAAUUCCAAAAAGCCUUUGGGCCUGAAUCCCUUUAGCUCUACUUAUCUUAAGUCAAUGCUGACAAUUCUUUGGCCAAUGAUUUGAUUUGUAAAGCUUUAUAUUUUCCUAGUACAACCAGGUGAUUGCCAACCUUUAAAAUUAAAUCUUUAGAUCCUGGUGUGGCUUACUGCACAAGGCCCCUGGAUAAAUAAAAACUCUUACAGAUACAAUCUAAUAACAGAAAAAAGCACAAUGGUGAGUGUUGUAUUUAUUAAUUCUAAUAAAUAUGCACAUGCACUUGAGAUAUAUUAAAAUUUGCACUCUGAUCUUUUUGCCUGGUUAAUGAUAACCUUAUUAGUUUGCUAGUUUAUAAUUAGUUAUCGGCGACUGCAAUUUUUCUGGGACAUCCCUAAUUUUACAUAAUUUGCAACUUAAAUUCACAAACCCUUUGGCUUAAUUUUAAAAAUCCUCCUCAGCAGGUAUAUUUCUGAUAAGAAAUACCCAACCAUUUUACAGGUUUUGAUCAUAAUGAAGGCUAUUCAUUACAGCCAUAAGUCAUGAUAGUUAUAAAUAUAUUUAUAAAUAUAGAUAAAAUAUAAAUAAAUUAUAGGCAGUUAUAAAACCCACAUAACCAACCUAAUUUUAUGGCCUUUUUUGCAGCAGCCCUUAAGCAAACCAAUGGUUUGCAGUGGGCCAGUUUUGUUGAAAACUGGAUGUAAAAGCCAAUUUGGGGGGAAACCAUCAUAAAACAAUCAUGUGACCAUGAAAUGCUGCAAAUGGCUAUAAAUGCAGGCUGAUUACUGAGCACCCAAAGUGCAGUCACAAGACUGCGGCAUACAGGUGGCUACCAGAACUUUGAAUCUGGGUAUAUAAAUGCUCCAGGGAAGUCCACUGUACCUUUGAAUGGCCACUAAACAACUGGUCAUAAUGAAAAGAAAAAAAAAAACCCUAAAGCAAAGGUCUCAGCCACUCUCCUAAUUCUGCCUACAAUGUGGGUCUUAAUUAUGCUCAAGAAAUUUGGCCUUCAGAACAAUGGUUUCUGUUGCUGUUGCUCUUAACAAUUACUUAACCAGGUAAAGUUUAUCAUACAUAGAUAUUUUAUUAAAUUUGAUCCAAAGAUCCCAUAAUAUUUUUUUUCUUUUUACUUCUCCAGAAUUCUUCCUCGGAUGAGGUGAAUGUUCACAUCUUUGCUUCAAAGCAGUUUUGAACAUAUGUGGGAUUUGCACCUUUAGCAUGAAACCACUUUUCCCUUUCUUCUACAUUCAUGCUUUAAUUACAAAAAAAAAAAGCUAAUGCAAAAUAUAAAGUUGCAUUCCCAUUUAUUUCAUACAUUUGUAUCUAGAUAUUUUUAUAUUUGUAAUAUGAGUUUUGUAAUAAUCAUAUUAGACUUGAGGAGGAAGCAGGAAGCCUUUAUUUGUACCUUCCAACUAGAUCAAAUAUCUGAAGCAUAGAAAUAGAAAAGAUUAGACAGCCUCAUCAUUAAAAAAAUUAGUGGAGGGCAAAAUCUAUUUCUGUGGUAGUGUUAGCCAUUUUGUAAAAACAAACAAACAAACAAAAAAUGGUUCGGCUUCUUUUCAAUCAGAAGGUUUGCAGUAUGAGAGCCAGAAAAAAAAUCCAAUGACACAAAUAAUAUCCAAACAACAAUUGCAGUGUUGAACCAAAAACAUGAUGCCAGCACUAAAAAAGAAAGAUUUUCAUCACUGCAUCUUAAACAGUGGAAACAUGUAUAUUUAUUAAGGAAUGGGCUUUAAAUAAUUUAAAAAGCAGGAAAUGUUAGACAGACACAUUCAGGAACCGUAUUUAUUAGGCAUGAGAAAUACAUUUGACCUGUUUUUAAGUUAGCAAGUAUAAUCCAUGGGUGAAUUAAAAUCAGUUGGGUUUAUCAAACCUCUUAAACUACAGUUUUCCAAUCAAAAUAAAUGGGCAAGAAUGCAUAUAUAAGUAUUUUUGUAAAAAUAAUAUACAAAACUAGAAUUGCUUUCAAAUGCAUGUAUUAGGCAAUAUGAUAUAAUGAUUUAUCCAAGAAAUGAUUGAUAAAUAUGUGUUUACAUGGAAAAAGAUCAUGUAUCUUCACUGCUCCACCCAGAGUUGCUUUAGAUAAUGAUAUGGGCAGCAUAUAAAUUUAAUAAAUAAAUAUGUAUAUAAAAUAAGAAUAUUUAGGACGGUAUACAAUUCAGUAUAAUAGCAUAUGAUACUACUAGGAUGGUCUAAGUAAAGAGUUUGCGACAGACGCUUGUGUUUUUGACAGCUGUUGGCAUCCUUCAAUGGCACUGUCCCAUCUGCCACUCAACACUCCCUCAGCUGGUGCCAAAGCUGCUUGAACAGAGGCACUUUUGACUCCUUUUGGGACUUAGUAGUAGGGCCCUUCCUUUAUUAUGUGCCAUGUUGUCCCCUCCAGCUGUGGUUCUGCACCCCUACAGCCUGCCUGUCUAUCCUCCGGCACCCCAAUGCUACUCUGGGCUGGUUCAGGGUAGUCCAGAUGCUGCAGUACCACCUACUGAUGCCAUGACACAGACAUUUCCAGCUCAGUACCCACCGCCGCCACCCCAGGCCCGGCUCCCUCCACAAUACCAUCUCCACAGCACCCCAUCUGAGUACCCAUCUCCAACUGCCCUGGAUCACAGCCUGCGCAUCUUCCCUGAGCAGGGCACAACUGCAUCAGACCCUCUGCCAUUGCCUCCACCUCCUGCCCAACCCGAAGAAGUCCCUGCACCUGAGCUAUCUCCAGAGACAGAGGAUGCAGAAAGUGAGGAGAAUAAAGCCCAGCCAAAGCGCUUACAUGUGUCCAACAUUCCCUUCCGCUUCCGUGACCCUGACCUGCGGCAGAUGUUUGGACAAUUUGGAAAAAUCCUCGACGUGGAAAUCAUCUUUAAUGAGCGUGGCUCAAAGGGUUUUGGGUUUGUCACCUUUGAAAACAGCCAAGAUGCUGACCAGGCACGAGAAAAGCUGAAUAGCAGUAUUGUUGAAGGGAGGAAAAUUGAGGUCAACAAUGCCACUGCCCGUUUAGUCACCAAGAAACCCCCAGUGGCACCUCUGGUGAAUGGAUGGAAGAUCAAUCCUGUAGUUGGCGCUGUCUAUGCUCCUGAUCUGUACACAGUGGCAAGCAUUCCUUACCCCGUGAUGGCACCUGCUGCUCUGGCUUAUCGUGGGACUCUGCGUGGGCGUGGCCGAGCAACUAUCUAUAAUCCCAUUCGGGCAGCACCGGCCCCCACUCCAGUUCCAGCCUAUGGCAGUGUGCUGUAUCCAGAUGGUCUAUACAGUUCUGACCUCUAUGGUUAUCCUACAGCAUACAGAGUGGCCCAGACACCAGCAGCUGCAGCUGCAGCAGCCACAGCAGCAGCAGCAUACAGUGAUGGGUAUGGACGGGUCUACACUACUGCUGAGCCUUACCACCACACAGUAACCCCUGCCUAUGGAGUUGGUGCCAUGGCCAGUUUAUACCGAGGAGGUUGCAAUCGCUUCACUCCGUACUGAAGGACCAAGCACUGGGGCUGAGCAACCAGGAGGUGGCCCGGAUGAUGGGAUCCCCUGCUGAGAACCUUGUCUCUCUGUGUGUGGGUGUGUAUGAGUCUGUGUAUGAAGGAGAGAAUUAGACCAUUGAUGUGUCUAUCUCCCACCCAGCUAUACAAUACCCUGGGGACUGUUCAGGAUUUUUCCUUGAGCCCAUAAGAAUUUUUAGCAUUAUUCACAAUUCAGGCCUCUUCUGUAUCUUCUGGUUGGGUAGAGACCAGCAGGUGGGCAGCACACAAAAUCAAAAUGCAGAUCAAAUGGCAGAUACACAACCGUAGCCAAGUGAUGGGUCUUGAGACCCAUAGGUAUCCUAUUUCAGUUAGACUGUGGGGAAGCAAGUUUGGGACUUGGUAACUCCAUUUUAUUUCUUGAAUAUCCAAAAAUUCUCCAACCAUUUAAUUGGCUUCCAGUCUCUGCACUGGAGCUGGUGCAUUUUAAAUCUGGAUUGAGGCUCUUAUAAUUGUUACAGCCUCAGAUAAGGAACUCUGAGAUGGAAGCACCAGUUUCACCUCAUCAAAUAUUCAAACACUGUAAAAUAAUUGAUUUCCAAAACAAUAGAUUUACACAGUUUCCCCAGGAAACUUGGGAACUAUUAUUGGAAAUUGCUGAAAAUAGUCAGUCCAAACCCUCUCAUAUUACACUUCCCACAGUUCCUGAGCGAGAAGGCAGAGUAGUUUUCCAGCUGAUCUCUGAAGGUGACAUGGAACAAGAGUGAAAAAUAAGCCACUCUCUUGAGAUCGUUGGGUUCCAGCUCCAGUCAUUUCUGGCCAUCAACUGGGAAUUAUCUGGAAAAGCCCCUCUGGAGGGUCAUAUGGUCCCUGCUGCUGCCAUGUCACUUAGAUUCUUUUAUAGUUCUCUGCGCUCUCCCCUCAUUGCCUAUACUUUUCCUUCACCUUGACUGCUCUUUUAUAUUGUUCUCCUUCAUGCUAGCUCUUGUCUAUCUUUUUGUGUGUGUGUGUGUGCUUUCUUGUAUUUCCAAUCUGCUUUGGGUAUCAGCUCAGUAGCGGAAACAAGGCUCUUAUUUUCUGUAAAAAUGAAAAUCAAGUUUUUGCUUACAAAUGUUCCCUAUUUUUAUUCAGUUAUGAAUAAUAUCAUUUCAGAUAUUCUUCCCCCCCCCCCCCACACACAGUGGCCAGGAUGUAGAAGAAACAGUUCUGUUUGCAGGAAUAACACAUAGCUUUACUUCCCUCAAGAGAACACAGCCUUAUCCAAGAGGCAACUACUAAACCAGGAGUAGGCAACUUUGGCUCUUUUAUGACUCAUGGACUUCAACUCCCAGAAUUCUGGGAAUGCUUUUUUCAUAGUUCUUCAAUGCUUCUCCUGUGCAGAAUCUUUUUUUUUUUUUUUUUUUUGUCUGAAUUGAAGAG